GACACCUAAUUAUAAGAUCGUGCCAGAGUUACUCGUCUUUCGUCAGAUACAUACGUUUUAAAUAAAAAUAUAAAAUUAGAAUAAUGCAGUAAGAAACUUAAACGAAUACAUCGUAAAAGAAUUAGUAUCACAUGGAUAAUCAACUUCAUGCUGCAAAAAUUGGUAAUAAAUAUAGUGGUAGUUUUAUAGAAAGAAAAGGUAGCAUGCUGUAUAAUCAACGGAGGCCACCGAAAAAGUGAGCGUAGUUAAUGAAAGUUACGAUUGAUGGUAUCAUAGUUGCCAAAUGUAGAUUACUGAAAGAAAGUCUACAUAAAUCCUUUUUCGAUUUUAUUGUUAUUGCUGAUAUAAGAAUUAAAUUGUACACAAAUUUUUCAUAUGGAUCGAAUAGUUUGUUAAAAUUUGUAGUGAUUCGAUUACAAAGUUAACAUCGAUGGGCAUAGAUAGAACGGCAUAAAUGACAGUGAUGUAUAGAAAAUAAAUAUCUUGAUAAAAAUGACGUGGUGAAGAGAGCCUUACCAUUUUACAAAACCAUCGAAAGAAUUGCAAGGAUGGAAGAAAGUGCAAGUUCUGAAAAUAUUUGGUGUAAAACUAAAUCAGACGAACAAAAUAAUUUGUAUCAUGCAGAAUCUAUAACUUCCUCUAUGGAAGCAAACUCUACUUCUUUAGCAGAUAUAUUUGAUACAGCUUUUACAUCUACAGUUGAUCCUUCUCCGCAACCAAGAUUUAAUUCAGGCAACGAAAUGGAAUAUGAUCACUUAUUUGCAGAAAGUGAUGUAGAAGAUUUAGAUGUGGUUCCUAUUAAUCCUUAUGUAAAUCCAUCUCAUCAUAGUGCUUCAAACAGUAAUUUUGUUUUUGGAACUUAUUUACAUGGGCCUGAAACAGCAGGAGGAAUAUUACAUGAACAUGAUCCUCCAGUAAAACAUAAAAGUAGAAAAAAUGAAGACCGUAAGUCAUUCAACAACCAACAUUCUGAUAAUUUGGGUGUAGCUGGACCAUCUAGAUCAUCAGAUGGAAUUUCUAACAAAGUUAUGCAAAAUAUGGAAAAUGACAGUGCCAAUGAAGUCAAUACUUUGUAUCAUUCAGUUUUGCCAAAUACAAUUAAUUCUCAGCAACAUUCUACACAUGCAACAAAAAAUGAUGAUACACCGUCAGCACCUGAUCUACAAUUAGAUUGGUCCUCGAGUAGUGAUGAUGCUACUAGUAGUGAUGAUGAAGAUGGAUCAGUUGAAGUUCUUGUUUCAGUAAAUCAUAAUAAUAAGAAUUCUGCACAAAAUAAUGAGGAAGGUAAUCGUCCAGUAACUGUAGUUGAUUUAACUGUGGAAUCAGAUGAAGAGCAUACACCUCCUACUCCUACAACUUCAGUAGUAACUCCGACUACUACGGACUAUGUACCUAGUGGGCACAACACUUAUUGCUUGCAUGACCAUAUAUAUCAUGGUCGAUGUAUACACCACAAUUAUAGAAUUCCAAUUCCUGUUAUACCUGUAAGAUAUAAUCAAAUACCAGGUACAGAUGCUUCUACAGGAAUGUUAAGACCACGUAUGCAUCCAGUACAAGAAAGACUAUGGAGGAUGCAACAACGUGUACAAGAAGUACAUAGGCGGAGUCUUCAUCCAAGAUUCUCAACACAUCACACUACAACGUCGUGCAAUCCACAUGUGCAUCAAGCCAGCCAACAUACGUGUAACAAUGGAAAUGCUAAUUCUGCGAAUAAUCGUUGCAACGGUGCAGAAAAUAUGACAUUUGCAGAGAAUUAUUUCCCACCUCCAAUUUUGCCACCACCACAACAACCUACUGUUUAUAGUCAUCCAGAGGCUAGAAGGCCACCAAGCGUUAGCCCGCCUUGUCCCGAAAUAAUUCAGGAAAGUUCUUUGAGUGGCCAAUUACCAACACAACCAAUUAUGCUGCCUUCAAUGCCAGUUCAUCCUUAUGUACAUCAUAUGUAUCAUCAUUAUGGUCCUCAUCGAAGACCAUCUGGUCCACAACAUAGACACCAUAUUCAUAUCAAUUGGUUACAACAUCUUCAUUUGAUGCGUUUCACGCAGCAAGGAUCUGAUGCUCACGACAUGAUGCCAUUUCCAUCUUUGGGUUUGCUGCAUCCAGCGCGUCAAAUGUCGGUGCAUCUUGAGAAUUAUAUGAGCCUUGUUGACCUACGACGCAUGGCCGCUAUUAGUUGCGGAGCUACACAGGAGUCAAUAGAAAGUCACACAUUCCGUCAUAAGUACAAACGGGAGAAAAAAGUCGAAAAUAGUGAAGACGCUAUUGAAAAGUGUACUAUAUGUUUAUCCGAAUUUGAAGACUGCGAAAGUGUCAGGAGGCUUCCAUGUAUGCAUUUAUUUCACAUAGACUGUGUCGAUCAGUGGUUAUGUACUAAUAAACGCUGUCCUAUAUGUCGAGUGGAUAUUGAAACUUUUUUACACAAGGAGCUUGAAAGCACUGCAUAGUUUAAGGUCGAUUUUAACCAUCCGUUUUCGUUUUUAAGUAUAAUCAGGUAAUAUUCACAUCUAAGUAUUUUAAAAGAUCCUAUUCAUAAAUAAACCUUUUUCUGACACUGCUAUGAAUGUUGAUGUAAAAAAAUUUUACUGUGAAUAAUCAAAAUAUCGAUAAUGGAAUAGAACUAAGUUCCUGGAGUUGUAGGAGAGAGAUUUGUUUUCAUUAUCUUUACAUCUAUGUCAUGGGUAUUAAUAAUAGUGUACAUAAAAAAAUGUUAGGUUUGUUUAUUAUUCGUUAUUAUAUUAAUAAGUCACGUAAUUUGAUUGAUAAUUUAUCGUGUAUGAAAUGUUUCGGAUGACAACAUUAGAUUAUAGCAAAUAUUUUAAGUGGUACAUCUCUUCGUGGUUUUUUAUUCUACUUCUUUUAUGUGACGCAUAAAAAGAAAUUAAUCAAUCAUAACAGCCAAUACAAUGAAUUUUCUAAAUCAGAACAGAAACGAAUGUAAAUUAAUAAUAUUUACAUAAAAAUGUAUUACUCCUGUGUUACGGUAAUUCUCUACUGGGUGCUAUACUGAUACAUAAAUUUUAUAUACGCUGAACAUAUUUUAAUGAUUUGUCGAAAUGAAUUAUUAAAUAUUUCCGCGUCGAACGAUUCUUUGAGGCUAUGUAUACCUUUCGUAAGUUUUUAUAUUAAACUAGUUUUUUAAUAAAACUGUACUCGAACAAUUCUUUACUAAUAACUUUUUAUUCUUCAUAAAAGAGUAUAUCAUCUUAUUAAGAAAAUAUGAAUGAUCGUGAAGUUUAGUGAAAAAAAACAAUGAUUUAGAAAAAAACUUCCUAUUUUAAACUUCAUUUCCGCAUCAUUUUAUUAGUACAGUUAGUAAUAAUUAAAAAGGACAUGUAUUUUAAUUCAUCAAGUUGAAUGAAACACUUUGUAUAAUAUUCAAUAAAUUAUUAUUAUUAUGUCUAGUGCGUAAUAAAAAUAAUUAUUAUCCUUUUGCAUUUGAAUGUCGGCGCUGUGGCGGCAUAAUAAAAUUGUCUACAAAUUCGAAUGCCGUCAUGAUGACGAUAUGCUUUUAUUAUGCUUGUACAUUUAUGAUUCUGUAAUCGAAAAGUAUUGUAAAUGUCUGUUACUCUUUAAUCUAAAAUAUAUUUACUUCCAGAUAA